UCACCAGUACAUUUUUGGUCAAGCGCCUUCACACGUUCCCUGUGUGCCAUGUGGUGGACGAGGAGUGAGCCUCCGUGAUGCGUCUGUCUCACUGUCGCCAGCUGAUUUUAGUCGUCGCCACUGUUCCAUUAUCUGUCAAUUCUUUCUUGAUUCGUACCAAGGUGUAUUAUUUUCGCGUUCGUUUGAACAGUAUGCCUCUUGGCUCUUUUCAAGUGAAGAGACAGUCAGAACUCAGUUUGAAAUGGUCUUUCUGUCGCCCGCCGUACCAAAACCAAGUUUGUCGCCGUCAUUUGCCUCCACUUCCUUGAACUACGUGCAUUGUUCUCUGUUCCU